UAGUCAUUAGUUUUGUAUUAUUGACUGUAUAACAAUUAAAUAGCGCGAGACAAAUUUUAUUGUUAUUAUUACGAAUCGAUUUCCCGUGUAAACGUCGCGUAGGUGUUGCCGUCGUUGCGAACACUCGUCACCGAUGGCGCGUUCGUUCAUCGUCGCUGCACAGUGCACAACCGCUGUCGCACAUCUUUAACGCUAGUCGUCGCGACAAUCAGUGACCGAAAAACUAUACCGAUCAUCGCAUCUGUGAUCUGUUUACCAAUACGUCGUCACUACAGUUUCAACUCGCCAUCGCUUGUCAGGCUAUCGUUGGCGCUUACCAUACGCGAUAGACGUUCUUACAAAGGCAUUGCUCUCUAGCCAGAUACUCGCUGUUGGCCUAGCAUGACGCUGGACUACAAUAUAGCUAGCCGUGCAGCUCAACUCAUCGAACGUUUGACCAGCACUGGUGAAAACGACGUUGAUCGCAAGUUAUAUGACGAAAUCGAAAACAUCUGCAAAAAAUCCUCAAUCUACAUCGACAGAGUUCAUGCAUUACUAUUUCAUCAGCUCAAAGAGAAACAUUCUCAGAUUCGUUUGAGUGCACUCCGAAUUUGUAAUUGUCUUUUUAAGAAAUUUGAACAUUUUAGAAAAUUAAUAAUCGCUAAUAUCUCGGUUUUUCUAAAACUCACAGUUAACACGGAUACGGGACGAACGUUGCCCCCUCCUAAGAAAUUCGCAACGGAUUUGGAAAUUUACUCCAUUAGAUGUAUUAAGGAAUGGAGUGACGAAUUCGGGAAAGACUUCAAAGACGAAUUUAAUUUUGUGUUUAAGUAUUUGAACAAGUACAAAAAAAUUGAUUUUGAAUCGAUGACCGUACUAUCCGUUGCCAAAGCAAGGUUGCUGGAGGACAAGGAACAGAGACAGCGGCGUAUUAAUGAAGAAAAAUUGAAAAAAAUUGAGUCCGAAAUAAAUGAACUCGAACCGGAAGUAACUAUUGCGGCUAGAACCCUAGAGAGUUGCCUGGAAUUGCUAAUUCCCACUCCGGAAGAGUUUUUUAUACCUGAAGUGGAAAAAGAAAUUGUCCCUUCAUCGAGCUUUUCGGAACUUUCUUCGUUGGAUACUGGACGAAAAACUGCCGUCGUGAUUGAGUCGAACAACGAAAAUGAAAGGUGCAGAGAAACUGGCAUAAUCGACCCUGCAGCACACACUGUGACAGUCACGCUAAAACCGGAUUUUCGAAAGAGAGUGAAGAAAUCUGAUGACAACUUGGCUAUAAUUGAAAGUGCAAAUGAACAAGUAAAGCUCAUAUCUGACAAGUAUUUGCCAAAAAUCAAAAAAUGGUUGCAAGACAUUGCAAAAAUUUCGAAUGGAGAACUCUUGAAACGAGUGAUCGAACUCAAGCGGCAUUUAACCGAUCUGAUAAGCCGAGAAAAUAAAAUUACGUAUUACGGAGACAGUGAUGAUUGUUCCAGCGAAUCGGACAUGGAAGAAGUCCUUCCUAAAUCUUACGCUGAUGAUCUAUUGGCUCAAUGUUUAGCUAAAACUGAUAAUAAUACUCAUAAUGAUGGUAGUAAUUGCGCUGAGUCUGUAAAAGUUUCAAAGAGAGAUGAAAAUCGCAGCAGUGUUUCAACCGUGCCUAAGUUACCGUUUGACAUUGAUCUAUAUCAUUGGGAAGAUGAACAACUUUCGGCUCCUCGUAUUUUACCUACAAAUCAAGAUGGUCAUAGUUUUUGGACUUCGAAUUCUGUAAUGGAUACUGACUGUGAUGGUAUUAUACAGCCAGGAGGAUCUGAAAUUUUACGUACUCGAGUUAUUGAAUUUACUGGUAAAUUUGAAAGAGUUGAUAGACAGUGUAGAACCCCAUUGCCAAGUGGAAAAUUAUGCCCAAGAGAAGACCGUUUUAAGUGUCCGUUUCAUGGACGUAUUGUACCAAGAGAUGAGCUCGGUCGAGUUGUCAAUCCUGAAAACAAAAUAUCCUUAGAAAAAGAGAAGAAACAGAAUGUACCUGAUUGGCAAAAUCCACAGUUGCUUAGAGAUAUACAGUAUCAAACAGGGGUUGAUCUUAAAAUGCCGGAAAAAGGAAGCAGGAGGAAACGAAAACAAAAUUCAAAUCUGACAAGUUUAAAAAAAGAACAAGAUACUCCACGCGCCCGGCUGGAAAAAAAAGUAUUCAAAAAAUCAUCUGUGAAGAAAGUGGCUAACAUUUUAGAUGGUAUAGAUCAGAGGAAAUUUCGAGACAAAUUUGGAGAUCAAUUCAAUUAUGUUCAUGAUACAGCUUAAUUUAUUCGUCUUUUAUGUUUUUUUUCUAAUCAUUAAGUGUUAAAAUUUAUAAAAUAAUAAUUUUUAGUUAACAAUUAGUAAUA